AUGGCUGAUAGUGAUGGUCAGGAGUCUGGGGCCCAGCAACGGGUGGAAGGUGAAUAUCUAAAGGAUUUCGUAGAUUUAAGUCCAUCUGGAGAUCGUGGCAUCCUCAAAAAAGUAUUGCGAGAAGGCUAUUCUGACGUCACGCCAUGUGAUGGCGACACUGUGAUUGUACAUUAUGUCGGGACCAACUAUGGUGGGGAAAAACACGGUGAGGUCUUUGACUCAAGUAGAGCUCGAAAUGAGAAAUUUGAGUUUACUAUUGGGAAUGGCAGCGUAAUAAAGGCUUGGGAUGUCGGUGUCGCUACAAUGAAGUUGGGAGAAACUUGUGAACUAAUUGCGUCUCCUGAUUAUGCUUACAAAGAUGGGAAAACUCUAAAGUUUGAGGUGGAGCUUUUCGAAACCUUGGGCUCUGAUGUCAGCAGAAACAAGGAUGGAAGUAUUCGCAAAUCAGUUCUUAGGAAAGGGAAGGAUAUCUACAAUCCUGUUGCUGGCGCUGAAGCCACAAUUGUCUUCCGCAAUUUGACGGAUUCAACAGAGGAUGUGGAGGUGACGUAUUGCGUCGGCGACCCUCCGUUAACUGUGCCAGAAGAGUUGGAUCAAUGUGUUCGUCAUAUGAAUACAGAUGAAUUCAGUCGUGUUGUGGUCUGCAAAAAUAAAAAUUCAGCAGCUGAAGUUGCAGACAAAAGUCGGGCAGUUUACGAAUUAACGCUCAAGUCUUUUGAAAAGACUAAACAUCUAUCUGGUAUCUCACCAUUUUCAGAGCAGAUGGUCUAUGCAAAUGUGCUGAAAGAAAAAGCGAACAAAUUUCUUAAGGACUCUAAAUUUGAUUCUGCUAUUGAAUUGUACAAACGUUUAGAUGAUGAGUUGCAGUACAUAGUGGCUAAUGGCCCUGCAGAGCAAAAGGAAUUAUCCGCAGUUAUUGUAGCCGUCCAACUUAAUUUAGGUUUGACUUACCUGAAGCUAUGUAAACCAAAUAAAUGUAUUGAGUUCUGCCGGAAGGUGUUGGACGUUUUUGGUAACAACGAAAAGGCGUUAUUCAGGAUGGGUCAGGCGCAUCUACUGCGUAAAGAUCACGAUGAAGCGUCGGUUUAUUUCAAGAGGAUUGUAGCAAACAAUCCAAACAAUGCAUCUGCUGUAAAGCUGUUGCAUAUGUGCGAAGAAGAGAUUCAAAAGGCCAAAGAUAUGGCAAAGAAAAGGUUCCGAAAUAUUUUUGAGCGCUGUAAAGACUCUGGAUUGGAUGGUGUUGAAGAGCACGAAAACGGGGUUACAAUAAAUGGCGAAAAGUCUGCAUUGUAA